GUUCGUCAUCUCCUUCAUCGACUGUCAAAAGCAAACAUGAAACCGCCUUGAUAUCCGAUUGCGCCUGCGAGGCAACCCGAACUCGCGAUGGAUUACAGCCCUCUACCUCCAGAAGUCAACGUCCUACUGCUGGGCGAUUCAGAAGUCGGGAAGUCGACGUUCUUAUCUCGCCUGUCACUCGGCGUACAGCCUCAGGGCGACGACCUCCCACCGUAUGAACUUCCCAAGCUACGCGACAUCGACCAGCCCUAUGCCUUCGACAUCUCGCUCUACGGUCGUUCUUAUAGGCUACAGUUCUUUGACACUGCGUCGCCUAAGAACUACACUCUCCUGCAUCCGCAAUUUGUGAUCCUCUGCUACGACAUUUCUUCGCGCGAGUCGCUUGAUUCUCUUGCCUCGACGUGGCUGCCGAUCGUAAAUAAGCACUUCAACUACGAUGAGAACCUGCCUGUGAUGGUCCUGGGCUUGAAGAGAGACCUGAGGAAACAAUGGACAUUAGCGGAGCAUGGCCCAGAUAAGAAGGGCAAGGGGCCGAGUGUUAUGCCACACGAGGGUCUGCAGGCGGCGCAGAGGAUGCUGUGUGAUCACUAUGCCGAGUGCAGCGCGCUGACAGGGGAGCUAUGUAGGCAGGUGCUGGAAGACGUUGCAAAGACGAGCGCGAAGACCACGACUGAGAAGGGCGCGAAAAGUCAAGGGGCUGACAUGUGUAGUAUGAUGUAGUUGGUGGAUCACCAAGAGUACGAUUGAAUACGAGCGCGUCGAACAGGACACCUGCACAGGGAACAUAGGUUUGAGCAUCGCAGUGUUUAGUGCAAAGGCGUUUAACAGCCUUGUGGUAGCAAAAAGAAUGCAUUGGGAUUCGAGUGCAACAGCAAAAAAACGGUUCAUGCGACACCUGUGUGAUUCGAACACACGCUCCCGAAGGAACUGGCUGACUUUCCUGUGAAGGACUAGCAGGCCAGCGCGUUAACCACUCC